AAAUCGAAGAAAUUAUUAUAGUUAAUACUAAUUUGAUUAAUAAUCUAAAAUGUAAAGUAGAAUUUACCUGCAAUUGGAUCCCAAUCAAACCCAUCGGGCAACCCAAAGCCCAAGCCCAAAACAAGUUGAUCCUUGAAAGCCCAAUCCCAAAUCCAAGCCCAAGCCCAAUCACAGUGCCAACACAGUAUAGCUAAUUGCAGAUUACAAAAGCCGAAGCCAUUUCCGAAGCUUCUCUUCCUCAGCUUCUCAAACCCUAGCCCUAACCCUCGAAAUCCUAGGAUUCAGUCCACCAACGAUCAACAAUGGUUUGCAUACGCAAAGCGACUAUCGACGACCUCCUUGCAAUGCAAGCUUGCAAUCUCCUCUGCCUCCCAGAGAACUACCAGAUGAAGUACUACCUCUACCACAUCCUCUCGUGGCCACAGCUCCUCUACGUCGCCGAAGAUUACAACGGCCGCAUCGUCGGCUACGUGCUCGCUAAGAUGGAGGAGGAAAGCUCCGAGUGCCACGGCCACAUCACCUCCCUUGCCGUGCUCCGGACGCACCGCAAACUCGGCUUGGCCACCAAGCUUAUGACUGCCGCGCAAAACGCCAUGGAGCAGGUGUUCGGGGCCGAGUACGUCUCGCUACAUGUGCGGAAGAGUAAUAGGGCAGCGUUCAAUUUGUAUACGGAGACCCUGGGCUAUAAGAUUCAUGAUGUGGAGGCGAAAUAUUAUGCGGAUGGUGAGGAUGCGUAUGAUAUGAGGAAGCAGCUUAAAGGAAAGCAAGUUGGCCACCACCAUCAUCAUCAUCAUCACCAUCACCACCAUCACGGAGGUGGAUGUUGCGGUGGAGAACCGAAGCUCGUGGAGACGAAGGGGGAGGCAAAGGCUGAGGCGAAAGCAGAGUGAUUUUGGAGGUUUCAAUGAUUUGAAUAUAGGGGGGAUCAGGAGUGGUAAAUCCCCCUUUUUGUUUUGAGAACAUGUGGUUGAGAGUGGAAGGGUUCAAAGAUCUGGUGAGGAGAUGGUGGACAGGCUACACUUUUAGUGGCUCUUUUAGCCACAUCUUAGCCUGCAAGCUAAAGGCGUUGAAGCAGGAUCUCAAAACCUGGAACAGAGAGGUUCUUGGGAAUGUUUUCUCUAAUAAAGAGGCUGCCCUCUCUCAGAUUGGUUAUUGGGAUGCCAAAGAAAGUGAUUUGGGACUUUCCCCUGAAGAGGCGGAGGCUAGAAGAAGGGCUGUCGAGGAUUUCAGUAAGUGGGCAAGUAUGGAAGAGAUUUCAUGGAGGCAGAAAUCUCAGCAGCUGUGGCUGAAAGAAGGUGACAAAAAUUCUCGGUUUUUCCACAAGAUGGCUAAUGCUCAGAGGAGGAGGAACUAUUUGGCUGCCAUCAAAGUGAAUGGAAGAAGGCUGACAAGGGAAGAGGUGGUAAAGGAAGAGGUGGUAAUCUCUUUCCAUAGAGUUUUGUCAGAGAUUGAUGAGUGGAAGCCAAGCAUCAUUGGGCUGCCCUUUUCGGUUCUGGACAGAGAAGAAGCAAGGGCACUGGAGAAUCCUUUUUCUGAAUAAAAGAUCAUUGAUACCCUUUCCAAUUUGUGCAGGGAUAAGGCGCCAAGGCCGGACGGGCUCUCUAUGGCCUUUUGGCAAUUUUGUUGGGACAUUGUGAAGUUCGAAGUGAUGAUAUUUUUUGCUGAAUUUCAUCAUUUGGAUCUCUUUAAGAGAAGUCUGAAUGCCACUUUUAUUGUGCUCAUUCCUAAGAAAGGGAGUAUAGAGGAUUUGAGGGACUUUCAACCUAUUAGCUUGGUGGGUAGCCUUUAUAAGCUUCUAACUAAAGGCAUGGCUAACAGGUUGAAAAGAGUGGUUGGGAGAGUUGUGUCAAAUUCCCAACACGCUUGCAUGGAGGGUAGGCAAAUCUUGGAUGUAGUCCUCAUUGCUAAUGAAACCUUAGAUUCAAGGCUUAAGAGUUCGAAUAAGGGAGUUAUUUGCAAAUUGGACAUUGAAAAGGCCUAUGCCCAUGUGAAUUGGAAGUUCUUAUUAGUAGUCAUGGAAAAAAUGGGCUUUGGGGCCAAGUGUGUUAGUUGGAUGAGGUGGUGCAUUUCCUUUGUUCACUAUUUGAUUCUAAUUAAUGGAACUCCUACUGGCUUCUUUGCUAGUUCUAGAGGUCUGAGAUAGGGAGGCACUUUCUAGUAUAUUGAAGAAGCUUUGGAAGGAGGCUUCAUUCAGGGUUUCUUAGCUAGUGGAAAAGGAGGUGUCUCAUCUCCUUUUUGUCAAUGAUACUUUGAUUUUCAGUGACUCAAACAAGGAGCAAUUAGAGGCCUUGAGUUGGGCGUUCAUGUGGUUUGAGGCAAUCAAUGGCUUAAAAAUCAAUUUGGACAAAAGCAAGUUAAUCCCAAUUAUAGAGAUCACUAAUAUAGAGGAUUUGGCUAGCAUGUUGGGGUGCAAAGUGGGUUCUUUACCUUCCACUUAUUGGGGUCUUCCCCUCGGAGUCCCCUUCAAGUCUAUUCAUGCUUGGGAUGUAGUGGAGGAAAGAUUUCAGAGAAGACUUACUUUGUGGAAAAGGUAGUACUUGUCAAAAGGAGGGAGACUAAGUUUAUUAAAGAGCACUUUAUCUAGUUUGUCUAUCUAUUUCAUGUUUUUAUUUGUGAUCUCUCGUAAGGUGAGUCUUAGAUUGGAGAAGAUUCAAAGGGAUUUCUUAUAGGGGGAAGGAGAGCUUUAUAGAAGGUCUCAUCUUGUAAGAUGGUCUAUUGUUGGCUUGGAAAAAAAGGAAGGGGGAAGAAGUUAUCUCUUCUAAAUAAGGCUCUUCUUGGGAAGUGGUGUUAAAGAUUUGCUUUUGAGAAUGAUUGCUUUUGGAAACAGGUGGUUGUAGGGAAGUAUGGAGAGGAAGAGGGGGAAUGAUUUUUAGAAUUUCGAUAGAAGGCUAUCUUUGGAAGGCUAUUCGUUGUGGGUGGAAGGGGAUCUAUGACAACAUUGGCUUUAGAGUGGGAGAUGGCAAGAAGGUGAAGUUUUGGAAAGAUAGGUGGCAUGGGGAGGAACCUUUAGCUGUGACAUUCCUAGAGUUGUUUUCAAUUGCCAUUGAUAAAGAAGCUUGGGUAGAUUAGUUGUGGGAGCAUCAUGGGGAGACGGGUUGUUAGAGCCCAGUGUCCUCUAGACAGAUAAAUGAUUGGGAGUUAGGUGAGGUGGAAGGUUUGCUUAGAAGGUUGCAAGGGCACAUAAUUAGUGGAGGAAUGGAGGAUGCUAUAGUUUAGCGGUUGGCAAAGGGGGGGAAGCUUUUCUAUCAAACCUUGCUACUCCUUAGCAGGUUGUUAUCUGAAGGGUUUCCCCAUAAGCUUGGUGUGGAACCCUUGGGUGCCAAUGAAAGUCAAUUUCUUUGCUUAGGAAGCUAUCUGAGAAAAAAAAUUCUAACUCUAGAUCAGCUAAAAAGGAGGGGGUGGAGCCUUCCAAACAAAUGUUAUUUGUGUAAGGGUGAAGAGGAGUCAACAAACCACAUUCUCAUUCAUUGUCUUAAAGCAAGCAUGUUGUAGCCAAUUAUUUUGGCUAUAUUUGAUGUUUGGUGGGUGAUGCCGUUCUCAAUCAAGGAUGCCCUCACUAGUUGGCGGGGAGCCUUUGUUGGGAAGAAGAGGAAGAAGGCCUAGAAAGUUGCAUCUUUAUGUCUAUUUUGGACUUUAUGGAAGGAGAGAAAUUGAAGAGCUUUUGAAGAUUCUGAACUUAUAGACCACAUGAUUUUAUGUUCUUUUAUGUACAUGUUUUUGGAGUGGAUUAGGGUACAUAUUGAGUCUAAUUCUUUGUCCCUUUUAGAUUUCAUAGAUUGGUUGGGCUAUAAGUGAAGCAAGGGUCUUGGUUUUUUGUAUAUCCCUCCUUUUUUUUUGGCCUUGUAUACAUCGUGUAUACUUUAAGCACUUUUUGGCGCUUUUAAUACAAUUGCUUUACUUAUCAAAAAAAAAAAAAGGCUUCAAUGCUUUGAAUAUGUGGUUUCUAUAAUUCAGUGGAAAAAAGUCAUUCAUUAUGAAGGAGUCUCUCUGGAAUUGUCAUGGAAUGGGCAUAGGUUGUUAAUUGCUGAUUUUAUAUAUCUAGGACAUAUUCAGUGGGGAAGGACUGUUCAGUAAAGAGAUAAUAUUGAGUGCGAAGUUCCAUCUACUUGGUAUAUCAGUAGGGGUUUAUUAUUAUGAGUUCAAGCAGUGUCAAAUUCCUCCCUUUUUCACAAAAGGUAUAAUAAGCAUGCAAAGAAACAAUUAGACAAUUUUGAGGCUAGGCUUAUAAUCAGGAUAAAUAUAUGAUUCAAGGAAUGGUAAGAAUUAUAUGGGUGGAAUGCUGAAAAGGAAAUUUUAUGUGAAUGUGAAUGUGUAGUUUGAGAAUCUUAUUUUAUAUUUGCUUUUGAAGAGAAUUUUCUCAAGGAAUCUAAGAUUUGUAUAGGAGCAAAAUAUUUUCAAAUUUCAAUGAGAGCUAAGAGUUACUUGGAUUGAUUCAUGAACCAAUCUCACGCCCAUCUCUCACUUCACACACGUCAACCCCUUUCUUCCUUAUCAUACUUGCUAUUAAUAACCUGUUUUCAUAAUGCUUCUCUCCAUAUGCAUAUCUCUAAGUCUACUUCCCAUGAAGGGUCUUACUAAAGGAAGAAAGGCAUCUAAUGCUUAGCCCCCUUUCCUAUACAAUCAACGACUUCACUAGAUGCACCUUUUUCUCCAAAGUCAUGCCUUCGUAGAGGAAGGACCUAUGUAAGCAAGGGUCUUUGAAUUUGCUCGAGCUUUAAUCUAGCCUUCAUCAAAUUACAAAGCAAGGACAUAAAGUAGAUAGGUAAGCUAGUUAAGGUGUUUCUAAUCAGAGUAAGUCUCUCUCCUUUUGAAAUAUAGUGCCCUUUCCACAUCGAUAUUGUUUUAUGAAACAUCUUUUCCACCCUAUCCCAAAUUAGCACUAAAUUAAAGGAAGCACCCAAGAGAAGACCCAAGUAAGUAGAUGGAAGUUCCUCCACCCUACAAACCAAAACAAAAGCCAACUCUUCCACAUUAGCAACCCCCCACCCCCCUAAAUUAGGGUUAACUCACUCUUCUCUAGGUUCAUUUCAGCCUUUGGAUGCCUUCAAACCACAUGAUUAAUCAAUUUAUAAAUUAAUUAAUUAAUUAAAGUAAAAGAAGAAGAAGAAGCCAUUUGGUCUUGAGGAGCUUUAGAAAAACAUGAGGAUCAUAAGGAAAUAACAUAUGGAACAACUCCACCCCCUCUCCUCCAACUCACCUUAAAGCUCCAACAGAAACCUCCCUCCCUAGCCCUUGUCAACAGACAAUUAGGGGUCUAUAUUGCCAAUUCAAAUAAAUAGGGAAAAAGAUGAUCCCUUUGGCUCAAACCCUAAACAUUUGAAAGGAUGCCAUUGAUUAGCACAAAAAAUUAUACUGUAGAUAUGUACCAUUUAAUCCACCUAAUGCAUCUCUAGCCAAACUUCAUUUUUCAAAAGAAUUGCUAGCAAGAAUUUAUAAUUUCAUUUAAGUUCAAAAUUUGAGCUCAUAUUGAUUCAGAUUCGAUACAGGGAUCAUAAAAAUAAAAAAUAAAAACAGAAUAAAAGAAAAAGGGAAGAAUAUAAAUGUUUUCUCUUCAACUUGAACCAAUGAUUGCAAUUGAAUCUCCUCUUCAAUUCAAGCUUAAUUCUCCCAAAUCUCCAUAGAUCUUGCCUUUUGAUCUUUCCUCCUCCGAAAAAAGCAAGAUCUUGUCGUUCAAUUUCAUGAAAUCAACUCACCAAGAUAUGUUUGGCUAAUGGGAAAAUGAAAGAGAAGAACCAUAAUCUCUCUAAAGCUUCAAAAGUCUCCCCAAAAAAUUUCUCCCUAAAACAAGAAACAAAUCCCCCUAAUGAAUGCCUUAUUAGCAAUAAGCAUAACAUUUAAAAUUUGUUUUCCCUCUAUAAAAGAAUUGUAGGACUGGGAGACCACUUUUCCCAUGACCUUCUUUAGCCUUUCCUCAAAACCUCAGCUAGAAGCUUAUCCAGACCACCAAGCAGGCUAAUAGGUAUAAACUCUUUCAAAUCCUGUGCACCUCCUUAUAAGUUUAUAGGGAGGACAAUUUAUCACCAAGGGAGGAAAAGAAGGGGAGAUUCUAAAAAUCUUUUUUAACUCCUUACAUAUGAUAAUUUACAAUUAUUUGCCAACAAAAUUUAGGGUACCAGCACCUCCUUUGUGGACAUGUCUUUUUCCUUUCUUUCUUUUUUUUUUUUUUUUUUUUUUUUGGGUGCUUGGUAGGCUGUAUAAGGAAAGAUCCUAAUAAUUGAUCUCCUUAUGCAGAGAAGAGAACUAAUGGUGAAUUGAUGCAAUCUUUGUAAAGUGGGUGAGGAAGCAGCAAACUACAAUAUAUUGUGAUAGAACCAACAAAUUAAGGGACACGAUUUUAGCAAUUUUUGUACUGCAGUUGGUAUUUCAUGAGUCAUUGAAAGAUAUCCUACUAGGAUGGAUGUCUCAGAGAAUAGAUAAGAGGAGGAGAAAAGUAUGGUGUGGGGCUCCCAUUUGCUUGUUUCGGUGCAUAUCAAGAGAGUGCAAUGGUGGGAGUUUUAAUUAGGAAGAGCUUCCUGAUAAAAAAAUUUAGGAAAACCUUGUCAAGUCCCUUUCAAAGUGGUCUACAGCACCGCUAGGAAUGGAGAAUCAUCCAUUGUUGGACUCCUUAGAUAGCCUAAAGUUUGAAUAGCGGGUUGGAGAUGGGCUGUAAUGGCUUGAUGAUUUUUAUUUUGUUUUCAUUUUUGUAGGUGCCUCUUAUAUACCCUCCGUGUAUCCUAAAAAAGGGAUACAUUAGGUCUACCCUAUUUUUUUUAGGGUAUUUAUAAUUAAUUUUCUGUUUGCUUAUCAUAAAAGAAA